AUGUCGCAUCUCAAAGAUGACCCUCGAGACAGCUCACUCGAGACAAGCUAUACCUGGCCGAAGACAUGGUACCGCGACAGCACUGAUGGACUGGGCACCUCAGGGAUGUUCCUCUCAGGUCUCAUCAUGGUCACUCGCAACCGAUUCCUCGCGUGGCCCUCGUUGUUAUUCAGCAUGAGCAACCUCAUCAACUCUCAUCCAAUCCGAGCGAAAGAGGGCGGUUCUGGCUGGUCAAACCUCGCGUUGUGCAUUUCUGCACUAUUCGCGUCAUACGUCCCCAUCUUUGUGAUUACACAAACCCCUAAAGCUUGA